GUAGAAAAUAUCCAGGUAGUGGCUGCAGUUCCACCUCUGGUUUGGUUGCCAUGCAUCCUGGGCGAACUACUGGUAAAGGGCCCUCCACUCCCACGCAGAUCGACCAGCAACCUCCACGGCUUCUCAUUGUGCACAUUGCUCUGCCAUCCUGGGCUGACAUCUGCUCCAACCUCUGUGAGGCCCUGCAGAACUUUUUCUCUCUAGCCUGCAGCUUGAUGGGCCCCAGCCGUAUGUCCGUGUUCAGCUUAUACAUGGUACAAAAUCGGCACGAGUGCAUCGUCCCUUUUGUGCAAGUAAAAGGGAACUUUGCUAGAUUGCAGGCCUGCAUCUCAGAGCUCCGCGUGUUACAGAGAGAAGGUUGUUUCAGACCACAAGGCACUUCUCUGAAGCUGGCAGUAGUGGAUGGGCUCCAGCAGUUCAAACAAUACAGCAGACAUGUGACCACAGGUGCAGCUCUGACCUACACUUCCCUGGAGAUUACUGUUCUGACUUCCCAGCCUGGAAAAGAGGUGGUCAAACAAUUGGAGGAAGGGUUGAAAGAUACAGACCUAGUCAGAGUCAGAAGGCUUCAGGUUGUUGAAAUCACAAAGGAAAUCCUAGAGCAUAUGGACUCGGUGUCUCCUGUUGAAGAUCCCAGCAACGAUGAGAGUUCUAUCCUGGGAACUGACAUUGACCUUCAGACUAUAGACAACGAUACUGUCAGCAUGGAGAUUUUCUUCAAAGCCUGGCUGCAUAACAGUGGAACAGACCAAGAACAUAUCCAUCUUCUUCUUCCUUCACGGUGUUUCAGCAACAUUUCCAGAACAGGAGAUAAUCCAAUGUGCCUGAAAUGUGAUCUCCAAGAGCGACUGCUCAGCCCCUCCCUGCUCCCUGGCACAGCUGACAGCACCUUGAGAACGGAUGACCCCAAAGGAGACUUCAGCACACUCUACCAGAUGGCUUCCCAGUCAUCAGCCUCUCGUCACAAGCUCCAAGUGAUCAAGGCUCUAAAAUCUAGCGGGGUCUGCGAGUCAUUGACAUAUGGACUCCCAUUCAUCCUCAGACCCACAAGCUGUUGGAAGCUGGACUGGGAUGAGCUAGAGACAAAUCAGCAGCAUUUCCAUGCUUUGUGUCACAGCCUGCUGGUGAGUACCCAAAUCCCCAGGUGAGAAAGAGGAAUAGUGUUAAAGCACCAACCAUAGAAAAGCAGCUAACUAAUCCUGCCCUAAUCCUAAAGCUGCCUUAACCCUCAAGAGGACAGAAUGAAAACCGGAAACACUCUUAAAUUUGGAGUAAAUCUGACUUGCUUUUGUGUGUUUCAUGC